AUGUCUUCAACGCGUGAACAAGUAGCAAAUAUAAUCAAUAGCCCGUUUAUUUAUUCACUACUUCCACCAGAGCCCAACAUUACGCGGAUGAUUCGCCUUUUGCCGAAUAGAGAUAACGGCGCCCCGAUUCAAUGCGAGCUUUUCAACUACAAUUUAUCACAAUCGGACGAGGAGCAUCUUUAUGAAGCACUUUCCUAUGUUUGGGGAAGUCAAGACAGAUCUCGUUCAAUCAUUCUCGAUGGCUAUAUGCUCCCUGUUACUGAAAAUCUUCAUACUGCAUUGUUGCAUCUUCGAAGCAAGCAGCUAGAAAGGAUACUAUGGAUUGAUGGGAUAAGUAUAAACCAGGACGAUGACGGUGAGAAGAGUAAGCAGAUCCCACUCAUGCGGAUGAUCUAUGCACAAGCCAGACGCGUUGUUGUCUGGCUAGGAGACGGCAAGGAAUAUGGAGAUAAAGCGCUUAAAGUGCUCGGUUCUCUUGGCAGAAAACGGAAAUCAGAGCCAAUAAAUGAAAGAGAUCGUGAGCAAUGUGAGAAGUUGCUACAACGGGACUGGUUUCGCCGUAUCUGGGUAUUGCAAGAAGUUGGUGUCGCGCAGUAUAUUUCUAUCAUGUGUGGCUCUGUUCAGGUGAAUGGACACAUUUUUUGUGAGGGCCUGGAUAACCUGAAGCCUUCUUCUGCGCUCAUGGCUAAGAUAAGCCCGGUUUCUUUUCUUAUUAAAGAAGCACUUUUCCGGUCACAUGAUGGGCAUCUUUCUGACCCUACACUUUCAAUUGGGGAGCUUGUCAGCAUGUACCGCAAUCACAAUGCAACAAAACAGCAUGACAAAGUCUAUGCAUUACUGGGCUUGAGUGCAGACUCGGAUAGUGCUGCGUUGGUCCCAGAUUAUAAGCUUCCUUGGCAUGAGGUCUUCAGGCAAGUCACGCAACAUGUUUUCCCGAGAUGUUCUGUGGAAAUAUGCUAUGGGUCAGAAACAGCUAUUGUCAAAGGUAAAGGAUGGAUUCUGGGUUACAUCUAUUCGAUCAGUGACUCUUUCAAGGACAGUCAACAGACUUUCAGAGUUGUUUUCAAUCAGAUUUGCCAGAGGCUAGGAUAUCAUGAUAGGUGGGAGGCUGAAUGGAGUCUACAAGCUUCUGGAGAGUUACUUCAAGAUGGUGAUAUUGUCUGUCUUCUCGAAGGCCAGUCACAGCCAAGUAUACUCCGGCUAUGUGUUGAUUACUACACAGUGGUAACACCGGUUGUGAAACCUAAGCAACAGGCACAGAAUACCGAGGAUAAUGUGACGGUCGGCGAGAGCUGUUCUGCACAUGGUCUGUGUGAUAUUAUUUUAGGCUGGAAGGUAUCUCAGUCGGAGGACAAGGCUGAGUCAACAAACCUAUUAAGGCUUGUUGAAAUUGCGCCAAACUACUAUAAAAAACAUUGUAUAGACGAGCGAAGCCUAAACCAUACAACAUCUGCUAUGAUAGAUGCUGCUAUGCAGUCAUUACAACUGGGAGUUUCUGGAAAGAGAGCACUGGAUAAUGUGAUUUCCGAAGGCAGGGUAAAAGGCGUGCAUACUGAUUCCCGUCUCUCGCAGAGUGAUGUCAAAGUCUCCCAAGGUUUAAUAACUGCAAUUAAUACAGCUUUGUGGCAAGAGCAUGAGAACCCCUAUGCCUGGAAAAAGGUGCUCGCACUUGCAGUACAGGAUACCCAAUUGCAUGGAUACAGUAUUGCAAGCAUUCUCCUGCAGCGUCUACGGGAAAUGAUACUGGUUUCUGAAGAGGUGGCCAAGGCGGCUGCAGCAAAUCAGGGAGCAUAUGCACAUAGGAUUAUGGGGCAGCUUCUUGAACAUCAUGGAGACAGGCUACCAGUGUCUGAAGAGGUGGUCAAGGCGGCUGCAGCAAAUCAGGGAGCAUAUGCACAUAGGAUUAUGGAGCAGCUUCUUGAAUAUCAUGGAGACAGACUACCGGUGUCUGAAGAGGUGGUCAAGGCAGCUGUAGCAAAUGAGAACAUAUAUGCAUUUAAGAUUAUGGGGCAGCUUCUUGAACAUCAUGGAGACAGACUACUGGUGUCUGAAGAGAUGGUCAAGGCAGCUGCAGCAAAUCAGGGAGCAUAUGCAUAUAGGAUUAUGGGACAACUUCUUGAAUAUCGUGGAGACAGGCUACCAGUGUCCGAAGAGGUGGUUAAAGCAGCUGCAGCAAAUCAGGGAGUAUAUGCACCUGAGAUUAUGGAGCAGCUUCUUAAAUAUCAUGGAGACAGACUACCGGUGUCUGAAGAGAUGCUCAAGGCAGCUGCAGCAAAUAAGGGAGCAUAUGCACAUAGGAUUAUGGAGCAGCUUCUUGAACAUCAUGGAGAUAGGCUACCGGUGUCUGAAGAGGUGAUCAGGGUGGCUGCAGCAAAUCAGGGAGGCUAUGCACCUGAGAUUAUGGAGCAGCUUCUUGAACAUAAAUGGAAAUAG